UUUUAAUUACAUCUCUCCUCCUCUAACUGACCACCCUAAAAAUCCAAGCCCUUGCCACAAAUCUGUAAAAAAUGUUUCCACUGCAAUGGGAGACAAAAAUAGAAUGAUUCCACGUCUUUUUGGAUUAAUGCCUAGGAGAAACUAUGCAGUGUUUGAUUGACAGGAGGAUGUAGCCUUUACUGAAAGCCAUUUCUUUUAAAAUACCCUGCAUUUAGUCUUCAAGAACCUUCAAGCAAGUGUCUGAAGAAGGGGGUUUGCCCUGCCUCGUGGCUGCUUUCAUCUGUUGCUUCUGCUUGAGUUUUUCUGACUUAUCGUUCGAUUGUUUUGGCUUUCCUGUACUCGUGGAACACACCAGCAUUUUCUUAGUUGGUGGUGCUAUCUGCUGAAAAAACCAAACUUUGUAAAGAUGGCAAGGGGUUGGUUUUGCUGAGGAAUAGCAGAAAACCUGGUAGCAGAUUUUCAGAUUUUCAGAUGAGCAGACAACCAAUCUUGGCUAGAGUGCCCAGCUGAGGGCUUUAGACUGAGAGGAUGCAUGCAAGAAAUCUGAGAUAAUCAUGGCUUUCCUUGCUUUGGCAGUUCAACGUAUGCAUUUAAUUCAGAUGGACUCAGUCCAACGCUGGAUGGAAGACUUGAAGCUCAUGACUGAUAGUGAAUGCAUGUGUAUUCUUCAGUCUAAGCCAAUCAGUCUAGAAGAAGAUGCGCACGGUGAAUUUCCUAUUUCAUCACAACAUGGUGCCUGUGACAACUUGCAGUUGUUGCUGAAAAGAGCUUGGAUUAUAAGUACUGAGCUGACCAGGAUUGUUCAAAAACUGGAGAAGAAUAGAUGGCAGAGGGUGCACAGUAUGACAGUACGAGUCAAUUGUCAUGUACGAUCAAUGAUCAAUGAAUAUAAUAUACUUACAAGAAAUUCUUGGGAAGAAAUGCACCAGUAUGAAAAAAUGCUAGUGGAAAAAUGCUCAGAGCUUACAACAGUUACUGAAAGGUGCAUACAGAUUGAAGAUGAACAAAUAUUAAAAUCAAUGAAAUCUUGUAUUAAUGAUGCGCUAACCACAGUGGCACAAUAUUUUUCACAACUGAUAGAACUAGCUCUAACACAUGAAAUAAAGAACCUGGUGAAAGAAAUAGAUACAUCAGAUAACCUCUACUCUGUAGAAUCAGCUGUAAGCAACUUAUUCAGCCUUACUCAAGAAGGAUCCCAUUUGUGUCGCAUCAUUGCAAAGGAAGGAGGUAUUGUUGCCUUGCUUAAAAUCUGCCGUCAGGAUCGCUUCAGAUGCCUAUAUCCUCAAAUACUCCGGACACUGGCCUCAGUAUGUUGUGUGGAAGAAGGAAUCCAACAGCUGGAAAAGGUUGAUGGAAUAUUAUGUUUGGCUGACAUUCUUACAGAUGGUAUACAUUCCCAAGCUACUCAUGCUGAAGCAGCUGCAGUAAUAGCUCAGAUCACAUCUCCUCAGCUCACUUUCACUCAGCAUCUCAACAGCUUUCUGGAGAACAUGGAAGAAAUUGUCACCGCGCUUCUCAAACUGUGCCAAGAGGCUGCCUCUGGGGAAGUUUUCCUAUUGGCUUCAGCUGCACUUGCCAAUAUUACAUUUUUGGACUCAAAGGCCUGUCAGAUGUUGCUUCAACUGGAUGCGAUGAAGAUUCUUAUUGCAGCUUGUUCUGACAAACAGAAAGUAGAUAGUCCCUAUUCUCGAGAUCAGAUUGUAACUGUAUUAGCAAACCUGUCUGUGCUGGACCAGUGUGCUUCAGAAAUAAUCCAACAAAAUGGCAUUCAAGUUUUAAUGGAAAUGCUGUCUGAAAAAUCACCAUUUGGGAAUUCACCCGAAAGAGCGGCUUGUGAACAAGUUCAACAAAAAGCCGCAGUGACACUUGCUCGACUUAGCCGUGAUCCUGAAGUAGCUAAUUCAGCCAUAAAACUCAACUGUAUUCCACGUCUCAUACAACUUUGCAGGUCGCCAGGUGAAAGAAAUAAGAGUGAUUCUGUUCUUGUUGCUUGUCUGGCAGCUUUACGACGGUUAGCUGUGAUGAGCCCUGAUGGUCUUCAAGAAUCAGAUUUCCAGCAGUUGGUGAAGCCCAGACUUGUAGAUUCCUUCCUACUUUGUACCAAUAUGGAAGAAAGCUUUGUUUAAACCAAUGUAACUUUAUUAUUAAUGUUAUUCAUGACUGGGUAACUGAUUAUCUGCUUAUGAUUAAUUUAUUAUAAGAACUAACAUAGAAAAAACAAUGACACUUCACAUUUCUGAUCCCUAUGAAAAAUGGUCUCUACCUCUCUUAGGCUUGCACAUUAUAAAUAUAAUAAUUUAAAUAAAAUGAAUAAAUAAAUUAUACAGAAUGGGAGAUAGGUCCACUUCCACACCCAUUCCCCAUGCAUGAUUUGAUAUCAGCCAUCAGUGACUUACUUUCGGGGUGAAAACAGCAGUGUAUUAAGAGAUGGAAGGCAAACAAGGGCAGGGAUUGGCAACCCAUAGCUAUGUGGGGCUGUAAACAGAUUUCAUAUUUUUUUAAAAAUAUCUUUUGGGGCCUUGCCAACUGUGGAAAAUUGUUGGAAUAUUUUUUUAAAGAAAAUAAAAAACUAAUAUAUAAAUAAGGGAUAGGUUCACAUAGCAUGGUGUGAAAUGGCAUUUUAUACCAUGAAUUCAGUUGAAUUUCCUCAAGUAGAAUAUUAUUUUAGAAUUAAUGGCUAAUGUGAUUGCAGGAUAUGCAAAAGUUCAUCAAAGUGCCCUUUCAGAGUGCUACAUAAAGUAUGGCUAAGCCAUACUGAAGCGAUACCUCCAGAACUUUCUAUGGUUUUUCCAUGGUCUUAUAUUACCAGUUCUGAUAAAGCAAAGAAUAGUUAUCCAUUUUGAUAGGAGCUUGUGGUGACACUUGCACUGUUCCUUCAAUCAGAUUUAAGGUAGUCCCACAACAUACAUCUAUGGAGAAUUUCAGUCAUCCAGGUCAUGGUUGUCCCAAAGGUGAUUUUUCAAUAGGCAACUGGAUUUGUUUUUUUUGUUUUGCACUAUCUAACAAAAUGAAAUUCAACAGUGAAAAAAAGUAAGGUUCUACAUUUAGGCCAAAAAAACAAAAUGCACCGGUACCGUAUAUGUGGUACCUUGCUCAAUAGUAGUACCUGUGAGAGGAAUCUUGGAGUCCUAGUGGAUAACCAUUUAGAUAUGAGCCAGCAGUGUGCAGCAGCUGCAAAAAAAGCCAACACAGUUCUGGGCUGCAUAAACAGAGGGAUAGACUCAAGAUCACGUGAAGUGUUAGUACCACUUUAUAAUGCCUUGGUAAGGCCACACUUGGAAUAUUGCAUUCAGUUUUGGUCGCCACGAUGUAAAAAAGAUGUUGAGACUCUAGAAAGAGUGCAGAGAAGAGCAACAAAGAUGAUUAGAGGACUGGAGGCUAAAACAUAUGAAGAACGGUUGCAGGAACUGGGUAUGUCUAGUUUAAUAAAAAGAAGGACUAGGGGAGACAUGAUAGCUGUGUUCCAAUAUCUCAGGGGUUGCCACAAAGAAGAGGGAGUCGGGCUGUUCUCCAAAGCACCUGAGGGUAGAACAAGAAGCAAUGGGUGGAAACUGAUCAAAGAAAGAAGCAACUUAGAACUAAGGAGAAAUUUCCUGACAGUUAGAACAAUUAAUAAGUGGAACGACUUGCCUGCAGAAGUUGUGAAUGCUCCAACACUGGAAAUUUUUAAGAAAAUGUUGGAUAACCAUCUGACUGAGAUGGUGUAGGGUUUCCUGCCUGGGCAGGGGGUUGGACUAGAAGGCCUCCAAGGUCCCUUCCAACUCUGUUGUUAUGUUAAGUUAUGUUUUUGUUUUUUUGGGAAGACAUUUUGCUUUUCAUCCAAGAGGCCUCUUCAGCUCCGACUGGAUGGUGGAUUAAUUCCUCACAAUCCAGUCAGAGCUAAAGAAGUUUCUUGAAUGAGAAGCGAAACAUCUUCAAAGAAAAACAAGAAAGUCCAGUUGCCUCUUGAGAAAGCAUCUUUGGGACGUCACAACACACAGUAAUUCCACACAGGCCUGAUAGAGAGGUAAACAACGUUUGGAGGGGGGGAGGGAAUGAAUAAUAAAUUCCCAACUCAAUUCCCACAAGCUACAUACUUGCGGCAAAUGCAGGAUGCAAGUAGGAAUGGAAGGGAUUUUCUAUGUACAUAUUUGAUUUUUCAACAUUUUAACUAGCUGAGGAGACAGAUGCUUUUGGAUCUCAAGGUGCAAUUCCAGUUUUUUGCCAUUAGCCAUCCUGUUGGAACUGAUAAAAUAAAUAAGAUAAGAUAAAGAGUGUUUAAAUCCAAACCAUCUGGACAACAUCAGGUUGCUUACUUCUUCUACUCCUCUGAUAUAGAUGUGCACCAAAAUCUAUAUUUUUUUAGAAUUUUGUAAUUUAGCUUACAGCUAUGAAAAUCUAUAUAAAAACACAUCUGUUGACUUCUUGAACACUCUGCACCCAACAAUAAUAUAUUAGAUAAUGAUUGCAUUGUAAUAAAGAAAAAUCACCUGCAGGAAAUGCACAAUCAGGAAAAAUACAGAAUUGCACAUGGAACUAUUAUUACUUUUUUUUGUUGAGUUAGCUAAGUCAUGCACCAAAUCAAGCUAGUAGAUGAAGAUAUGAAAAAAAGUAAUUGAAAUCAAUUGGGUCAGAUUUGCUAAAAUAUUAACACUAUAUACAGUAGUAGAGAAACUGUCAUAUAGGACAAAACAACUCUAAAUCGUUCAGUCCGGCAUACUAUUUCCUAGAAUGCUUUUGUGGCAGUGAUGGGGGCAAAAAAAUGGAGGAUGAUAUUUUUUCGAGAUCCUUCAUAGAUGCUUUUCCUUUAAUGAAAUUUGAUACGUGUGCAUAUAGUCCUGAAAGUGUAAAAUGUAUUGAAAAGAAGAGAUUUGGAGCAGACAAAGUUUUAGACUAAAAUGUAUCUACAUACAUACACAUAUAUGUUAUUCCUUGGCAAAGAGUUCAGCAUUAUAAGAUUCCUUUAAUUUUUUUUUUAAAUGAAUUUAUAUAAAUGGCUUUUUAUUGGUAGCUUGAUUUCAAACAAUCACAUCGCAGCAUAUCUGGUAUUUAUACUUAUGAUUUGAUAUUUGAACUAAAGCAAAUUUUCUUAAUACGCAAAUCAAGAAAAACGUAAAUAUAAAUGUUUUAUGCUUUUGAAAAGAACAGCUUAAUAUAACUGCAGCGCAAGUUGGUUUAUCCAAAUAUUUUAAUCUCCGCAAAUAAAGAGAAAAUUCAGCGCUUACUUAAGCCAGUAGCAACCUUUAAUCGUUAACACUGGACAGUUUUUAAUAUUCAGAGUUUAAUUUUAUAGUUGCAAAUGCAAGGCUUGAUCUAAAAAAGAAGAGUCAAGCUAUGUAUGUGCAGUAGCGACAGUUUUCCAGAGGAUGAUGGAGCACAUGAAUGAAAGUCAGCGUCUCUUCCAAGAUCUUCUCUGGGCUUGUUGACUUUGGUGGAAUUGCCAGGCAACUUUAACGAAAGGCCUCAUGGCCAACCCACGGCUCAUAUAUUCAGCACCACAGAGGAUGAGUGGAAGUGAAGCAUGAAAAGGAGUGUCAUUUCAAGGUCAAUGAUUCAAAGGCUUGUGGCAAAUUGCCAGGCAACUCCUAGUUGACUUCUUGUUUUCUGAGGCACAUCUUUGCCAGAAAUAGUCUUGCAUCUCUGACUUCCUGUCAGGAAUCAUGAUAUAUAUAUAUCAUGAUAUAUAUAUAUAUAUAUCAUGAUCAAAGACAUAUAUAUAUUUGAAUAAAUAAAUAAAUAUAUAUAUAUAUAUAAUCAUGGAACAAGCCUGUAAGCAUUCAAACACCACAUUGUAAGGUUGAAAACUAAUCCUUUUUUUGGGGGGGGGCGGUGUCAUAGCAUUUAUGUGUACUAUUUAUAUUUGGCCGUGUCUCCAGUGUUACUAAUUGCAUUGAAUCAAUUUGCAUUAAUUGCAUUGCAUUGAAAAUCCGUGGUUUAAUAUUGAUUUAACUGAUCUGCAGCAUGGGAAAGGACUUCUCCCAGUCUCCAGUUCUGGCUCUUAAAUCCAAUCAUAAAGCUUUAGGGAUUGAUGUUCUAGGACUGGAAAUACAGGUUUAGCACCUGAGGCAGCCAGAAGUACUCAGGAAAGUCAUUAGUUCUUCCAGAUGAAUUCAUAAUAUGUCCUGCAAUUACAGUAAAGAUCUGUUAUAGUUAAGACUAUAUUUGGAACUAGACAAGUCCACAAAGAACACUUGCCUUUUAGCAAUAUAAUAAUAUAAUUAUACUUAUACUAAUCCACCCCGCUUGUUCUGGCAAAAGGGGCCUACUGCAGACCCCAUCAGCCAAGGAAUUUCAAAUGUGUGAUUUAGAAAAAAACACAUACAAAUCUUAUGCCAGGACCAUUUUUCAAUUUUUUAAGGUGCCAUGAGAUGCUUCAUUAUGUUUUUUAAUAUAAUUUUAUCCCAGCAUGCAAUAACAUAUUGUACUAUGCAGAGGUGGGUUUCAGCAGGUUCUGAUCGGUUCUGGAGAACUGGUAGCAGAAAUUUUGAGUAGUUCAGAGAACUGGUAGUAAAAAUUCUGACUGGCUCUGCCCUCAUCUAUUCUCUGCCUCCCAAGUCCCAGCUGAUUAGGAGGAAAUGAGGAUUUUGCAGUAACCUUCCCCUGCCAUGCCCAUCAAGCCACAGAACCAGUAGUUAAAAACAAUUGAAACCCACCACUGGUACUAUGUAAUAUUCAAUGGCCAGUAUAACAAAAAAUGACCAUUGAAUGUUGUAUCUUACAAUAUAAUAAUUGCGUGUUUCUUUACAUUGCAUGCUAUUUCUUUUAUGUUUAAAAAUUCUGCCCACAAAGGAACAUUAAUAACCUAUAUCAAGAUGCCCCUAUUUCAAUCAGCACAUCCCGGUAAGAAAUUCACCUUCUCCUUAUGUCACCUUCCCUGGUCUUUGCCAUACUCAUACCUCAAGGCGCAAAACAUUGCUGGUGAUAUUCUUAAGAGACAUAAUGAGAAGCAGGAAUUACAGCAUAAACUAUCUGCAGAGCAAAUUAUGUGGUCAAAUUGAUACUGGAGUAUCAUUCAAAUGGAUCCAAAUUUAAGACCUUAAUACCACACAUUCAGUAUAGCAUUUAUCCUCCUCAUUUAAUCACACUUUUUCUUGGAAGAACUUUGAGGUAUGUGACUGUUAGGUCUAUUUAUUAACUAAUGUAUCUAGGAGAAGGCUUCCAUCAAAGCAUGAACCAUUUGUAAGGUCUCCUGCUGUGAGACUAGUGUCAGCAGAUCAUACCUCAGACAGGCUGCUGCUGGGAUCAGUCCAAAUUUUAAUUUGCCUUGAAAAAUGAUGAGAGAGAAUGGAUGUGAUCAUAAUGCCCCCCCCACCAAGGCAUUGGUAUGCUACUGGAGUUGUAAAUGAAAGCUGAGUAAAAGUUUUCUUUAAAAAUGUUGAUCCAUAUUAAAGCACUUUUUAAAUGUUGAAAGCCAUUAUUUGUUUUGGGGGGUUUAGUAUGAUGUUAGACAGGGGUAUCUAUGAAUAUAUCCUGUCCAUAAAUCAGAGUCUGAAACUGUAAUUUGUUGCUGGCUUUCUGACUGCAAAUGUAGUAAUACUAACAUGGAAUAAAAAAGGAAAUUUUUGUCUGUUACAUUCAAAAUUUGUUCUAUUAAAGUUUGCCAAAUCAAGGCUUCACUUUGUUUAUAAAUUGCUUGAAUCAGGAUUAUGUACCAGGAAAAAACUGAUAGUGGUGAAAAUUUGAGAGGUUUAAUUAUCACUAUUAUCAUUAAUUAACACUAACAUUAUCACUAACAGAGAGCAAAGGCAACAGGCAUAAUGAAUAUGACAGGGUUGUCUCUAACUCAUAUGAGGCAUUUUGAAAAAGUUUCAAGUCAAUGUCUCCCUUAUAGGAAACCAACAAACUUUUAUGAUUCCUAACUUUUAAAAAAUGAAAAAGGGAUUUAAUCAUUAUCCCUUGCUAUCUGUAGACUACUGGUUUAAGAUUCCCAGUGUAGUUUUCACAUAUUGCCUAACUUUAUAAUAAAAGCUGAUGUGAGAAUAAUUAAUUGAUUAUAUGCCAUCUUUGGCCGAAGAGGUUGUAAAAAAAAUGCUUUUAAAAAGCUCUGACGAUCCCAGCUGAGUUGCCUGAUCCACAGAGGCUUUUUUUUUCUUUUAAAGGCAAAAAUAAUGCUUUUAAAUUUUUCUUGGAGGAUUAAUGGAGAAAGACCUUGCGGAAAGAAGUUAAGCUAUAAGGACGCUAUACAGAUUCUUGCUUUGACUUUUAUCAAUCCUGUCUCCAGGCGCAGAAGUGCAUUUGAAACACAAUGUGGCAUCUGAAGAAUGAGUUACUAAGGUUGAGAAACUUUGAUAUAGAUAGAUUUUCUCCAUGAGAUGGGAAAAUGACAAUGUCUUAUUUACCUUUGUCUACCCACUAUAAUCUCGAAACAAAAAGGCCCUCAUCUUCUAAGAUUUAUGGCAGUUAUCAUUAUAUAUCACUUGCAACUUUUUUUUAAAAAAAAUGAAAGAUAAAUACAUUUAUGAGAUACAUCUUCAACUUUUUAAUGAAUAUUGUACAGUUCUUGCCAGAAGAACUGAUGUGGUUGUUAAGAGAUCAGUUGCCCUUUGGAUAUUCUUUUGUAUUCUCUCCUUUAUGAGAAACUGCACUGAAUCCUAGAUAUAACCACAUAAAUCACUCAAUAACUUAAUUGUCCUACUCCAAAAAGACAGUAGUGAAAGCUGAUAAACUAAAUGGUUUGUCAUUUCCUUGAAGCCCCAUUUAUCACUUUCUGAUGUCUGCAAGAAACCUCUGGAUUUUGUUUCCAUUUGCAUUUCAUUUCAGAGUCAAUUAAUUCUAUUCAAAUUUGUGAUUCUGAGUCAAGUUGAGCUAAUUCACUUCAUCAACUUCAAUUGUCAAAUCAAGCAGAUUUUAUUUGAAGAUAUAUUCAAAUGUAACACUAUUUCCACCAGUGCAUGAGUUACAUAAGAUAGCUAUCCCCUGGUAAUUUAAACCAUCCAAAUGUUAGGAUCAUUUUAUUAACUUUAUUAGAUUCUGUUGUUACUUCUGCAUUAACUUGUCAAAACAAGUAUAGCCCAGUGUUGUAGAAUUCUGAAGAUGUCAAACCAGGUCACAAAAUCUACAAAAAGCAAGCUACAGUAAGACACCAGAAAAAAAGAAAAAGCAAAAAUUUAGAUUUAUGAAUGGUGUAAGAUAUCCAUAACAAAGGUUAGAAUCCUCAGAACUAUUCCAGUGGCCAAUUCUUCCAAAUAGUAAUCAGAGUUCCCAAUGGACAGAACAUAACUAAUCAAUUUUUGUUGUAUGUAUAACAAUAUUGGGUUUAUUUGAUCAAUUUUCUCCUUUUAUGUCCAAUUUUCCUACAAAAGUCUAAUUUGUCUGAUUUUUCUCUAUGUAAGAGGCUGCACAUACUGCUACUCAGGUUUUUUUGUUGAAUUAAUCCCUCCUUCCCUCCCUCCUUGAAUGAAUGAUCUGUAUUUUAAAUAUUUGUCUACUACCUGUCAGUUUUUGAAGACAAUUUUCUUUUUGCUUCUUAACUGCCACAUAUUUUAGCUGAGGAAGUUGGGAGGGGGUUGUUGUUUGAGCAAUAGAAAGUUAGUCAUAACAACAUUCCGUAUUCAAGGACUUUUGCCUGCGUCUGAUGUAGACUGCCUGAAGAUUGUAUCCAAUUGAGUGUGAAGAGUGAUUGGACAAUGUGAUGAACUUGUGGGUGUGGGGCAGGGCUGUGAACUGUGAACUGGAUGUGGAAAACCUGGAAGCUUUCAGUUUCAGGUUUUCCCAGCUGUGCCAACAUGACAUCUCUAAUAAAUUGGAACUUUGAGGAACCUCAAGCCUCAGAGCUUUAUUUCAUUGGAGGUCUUCCUUGGAAUCCUGACACUACCCUUUACUGAUUCUUUGAGAAAACACACAAGUAUAUGAAAAAGAAAAUUAAGCUUCCUUUGCUUUAAAUUAAUGUCAAUAUUAGCCCAGGUGAAUUUCUUUGGAGUACA